UUUUUUAAAUAAAAAAUUAUUAUUUUUUUAAUUUAUUGUUUGUUUUUAAUAUUUUAAUAAUAAUAAUAAUAAUGUUGUUUAGUUUAUGUGCUAUGUAACAGAGGGCGAGAAGAGAGAGAAAGAGACAGCAACACAAAUUGAACACUAACCGCAAAAUUAAAUGUCAUAACAAACUGUAAAAACAAUAAUUAAAACACAAAAAUUAUAUUAUAAAAUGAUAAUUAUAAAUUGGAGGCGUUUCUAAGAUGUUUAAAUAUAAUUUAAUUUUAAAUAAUAUAUAAAUAAAAAAAUUAUUAAAUAAUGCAAAUAAUAUUUUAUUGUUUUGAUAAAGUGACAAGUUAUUAUUUAUUUUGCACCACCACCAGUAGUAACAGGUAUAAAAGAGGGUCCUGGGGUGCAUUAAGGAGAAAAACACGGUGGGCAGAAUGGUUUAUCCUGAAAAAUAAAAUAAUUGCAAGAUCUGGACCAUGUAAAGGACGUGGUGAUAUUAUUGUAACAACACGUAGUGGUGGUCAGGGUAGUUCAACUGUUCAAUAUCGUGGUUAUCAUGAAACAAUUGGUCCAAUGAAAGAAUCAGCUGUAUGGGUUGAAGAAGCACCUGUACAAAGUUUUGUUUGGGGUAGACGUGCAUUAUCACCAACAAAUUAUCAACAAGAAGAUCCACUUGGUUUAAGUGUUGAAGGAAAUGAUAAUAAAAAAUUUCCUGAAGAUGAAUUAUGUGAAUUAUUUGGUGAUAGUAAUGGUGAAUUAACAAAUGAAAAAUUUCAUCCUGGUUGGUUUUUACUACAGCAUCAUCAUGCAACAACACUUGAUGAUUUAAAAGCUGGUCUUGCUUAUUUAAGAAGAAAAGUUAAUUCACAAAAAGAAGGACAAUUAUCAUUUUUAAAGGCAAAUGUUGGUGCUGUUAUGGAACAACUAGAAACAAUUGUCAUAUUAAAAGAACAAUUUGAAACAGAUGUUAAAAAAUAUGGUGAUAAUCCAACAGCUAAAUUAGAAAAUGCAAUAAUAACAUCAAUGAAUGAAGCAAAUAAAUUAUUUGAUAAUGUAUUAAUAAGACGUGAUCGUGCUGAUGCAACACGUAGUGCAUUAUCAUUAAUGCAACGUUAUCGUUUUUUAUUUUGUAUGCCAGUUAAUAUUGAAAAAAAUAUUAAUCGUGGUAAUUAUGAUCUUAUUAUAAAUGAUUAUGCACGUGUUAAAAAUUUAUUUGGUAAUACAGAUAUUGAAAUAUUUAAAAAAGUACUCAUUGAAAUUGAAAAUAAAAUUGAUAUGUUGAGAAAUAAGCUGAAAAUUAAACUUCAAGAAAUGCCAUUUACACUUGAAAAACAAAAAAAAAUCAUAAGAAAUUUAGUUAAUUUAGAUGCAAAUGGUGAUCCAGCAUGGGAUGCAAUUGUAUCACAUGCAAAUUAUUUAGAUAAUAAUAUAAAAAGUUGUCUACAAGAUUAUUAUGAUAACAAUGAUAAUGAUGAUUUAAAUAAAACACAACAAAAAUCAACAAACAUGACAAUGUCAACAAUGGCAAUUGAUCGUUAUAAAUUAAAUAAUAAAAAUGAUACAAAUGAUUAUGUUCCAUCACAAGUAUUAUGUAUUGAAUCAAUUUGCGAUGUUGUUGCUGAACAAUUACCAGAUUUAUGGAGACUUGGACAGAGUUAUUUUACUGGACAACUUCAUGUUGCUGUUGAUACAGAAAAACAAAUUCCAUUUAAAAAUUUAGUCCUGAAUUGUAUACAAAAUGCAAGUGAUGCUAUGAAAGAAUCAUGUGGUGGUAAUAAUAUGACACCAGCUUGGUUACUUCAUAGUCUUCGUUGUAUUCGUCAAAUGUAUGCAGCUUUAAUACAUCUAGAUUUACCAAGUGAUGCACUUGAUAUAUUUGGAAAAUUUUUAUUUGACUUAAGAUCACAGUGUCUCGUUGCAUUAUUUAAACAAACAGCUGAAAAUAUAAUUAAUUUACAAAAAAAAGAAACAUGGGAAUUGGAAUAUUUAGCAAAUGUCGAUGGUGGUAUUACAAAAUUACCAUAUUUAUUUGAAAAUAUGAUUAUGGAAGUAUCAGAAUUAUCAAGAGAAACAGCAAUUGCAUGUGGACCAAGAGAACUACCACUUUUUGAUAAUAUACAACAACAAGUUAUUUAUUAUAAUGCUGUUAAAACAUUAUUUAUUUCAUUUUCAAAAACUUUACAAAAAUUAGCAUUCAGUGGAAGUGAAGAAGCUACUGAUGAUGAUGAUCCAUCAGUUUCACAACUUGUUGGUUCACCAGCUUGUUAUAGAGCUAGAAAUAAUAAACAUCGAGAACAUUCAACACCUACUUGGGAAAAAUGUUUAUUGAUAACACUGAGUAAUAUUCGUUACACUUUAAAUAUUGUAUUACCAAGAGUAUCAACAGCAUUGAAAACGCGUGGCUAUCCUGAUUUAUCAGCAGCUGAAGGCUGGCUAAGUGAUUGGACUCAUCUUGAUACAUUGGAUACAGCUGUGUUGGAUGCAUAUUUAGAAAGACGAUGUGAUCCACUUGUUGGUACCAUUGAACCUAGUAUGUAUCUUGGUGGUCUUGAAUGGGAUACGGAAAUUGAGCCAAUGCAUAUUCGUCCUUAUGCACAAGAAGCACUUGCUAAUCUUAUUGCUGUUCAUGCUGAAGUUACUCGUGUUUCUCCUGGACUUUUAAAACGUGUAUUGUCUCAUAUUGUCGAGACAAUUGCUGAAGAAUUGGCAAGAUUAAUGUCUUGUGUUAAUAAAUUUGGAUCAUCUGGUAUUAUUCAAGCAAGAGCAGAUAUAACUCUUUUAAAAAAUACACUGGAACUUUAUAGCACCAAAAGAGCAAGAAAUUUCUUUGAAGAAGCUCUUGAUGCAAUACCACCACCAAAUAAUGACAAUGAUGCAUCACGUAUUGAAGUUUUAUUAAUGAAAGUAACAUCAUCAAUGCAAUUGCAAAUUCGUUGUCUAACUGAAAAACCAAAAACUGCACAAAUAUUUGAUGAAGAGUCUCAACAAAUAAAAACAUCAACUGUUUAAUAUUUAUAUAUACAUAUAAAAAAACACAAUAACAAUUAAGUAAAAUUUGUUUUAUUUAAUUUUUCAUGUUAAAUAAUAUUUGAAAAAUAAAAAAUAACAACAUUGUAAAUGAAAAAAAAUAUUAAAUAAAUUUUUCAUUGAUGUAAAUAAUUUAAAAAUUGAAAGACUCGAUUUAAUUGAUUUUUAAAAUAUUUAUAAAUUAAAAACAAAUAAAAA